CGACCAAACGUCUACUACAACUAUGUGCUGUCUAAGGCCCACAUUCGGGCAGCGGUCGGUAAUGUUGUAAAUGCAGAUGGUGUUAGUUCGGCCACCAGCAAAUUGAAGGCUGAAGUUCUAAAGGGCCUCUUCGAGAAAGUCCACAUACCGGACUUGGGAAAGCCAUUGCCUGAGCUCCUGGGAAGGCUCCCCGAGAAGCACAUGGCUCCGUUUGUUUUAGAGUCAAAGGAGGUAGAAGCAGCACUGAAACAGUUAGAUCAGAACAAGGCCGCGGCCCCGGAUGAGCUGCAUCCAGCAAUUCUGCGGCCCAUUGCUGACAUCAUUGCAGAUGCACUGGAUCAGCUUUUCAACCCAUCGCUUGCCUCAGCAACGCUGCCGGCCGUCUGGACCACAGCAGAAGUGGUGUCAAUUCACAAGGGUGGGUCAAGGGCGGCUGCAUCGAAUUAUCGUCCAGUAAGCCUGCUUUCGGUAAUCCUGAAAACCUACGAACGUCUCCUUAGGGGGAGGUAUAACACCCAACACACUACUGUGGAACUACCUGGCAGCCGUAACACAAUGGGAACCACCAGCUCACAAGUGCAAGAACCGGGACGUCCACUGACCGAAGCCUAA